AUGGUUUCUAUCAAAUAUUUUCUUGCCGUGGCUUUUAUCUCCGCGGUAAGCGCACGACCACAAGGACUAGCAGGUCCAAAGGCGUGUACUUGUGGGGACCAGGACCAGACUGAAGACCUUUGCGGCCAAAUCCCUAUGGCAUCUUUCAAGGACGGAAAGUGCAACACUCCUCACGAACCGGCUACCAUCUCUUUCAUGCAGACUUGCAAAUUAAGCGGAAUGUGUGCCUGA